UCCUAGCAGCAAGCAUAUUGAGAUUAAUCAUCAUGGAAUGUGAGAAGCUUGGAGCAGUUCAACCUCUGUCCAACACCCAAUUAACCCCUCCUCCCAUUGUUGAUAUCCACAUCUUGGUUGUUGAUGAUGACGCUACGUCUCUCGCCAUUGUUUCAGCGAUGCUUAGAGCACUGAAAUAUGCAGUUGUGACUGUUAGAAACCCACUCGAUGCUUUGGCUACUCUUCGGAUGCAGAAGUUCGACCUUGUUGUUACAGAUCUACAUAUGCCUGUAAUGAAUGGGUUUGAAUUACAAAAGGAAGUUGAAGAAGAAUUCCAACUACCAGUGAUCAUGAUGUCCGCAGAUGAUGAAGAAAGUGUGAUAUUGAAGAGUUUAGAGAAUGGGGCUGCUUUCUACAUGGUAAAACCAAUAACCCCAAAUGAUCUCAAGAAUGUUUGGCAGUACGCUGUUGCAGGUAAAAAAGGCAGAUCUGCUGCUAUCGAACAAAUAAGAGGCAUCCGGGGAGAUUCAUCAGGUGAGAAAGGAUCUGAUCAUCAUCAUGAGUAUGUACAUUCUGCUUCAUCCUGCGUGAAUGAAGAAAAGCGUACUACAGGCGACACUAAGCUGGAUCCCAAGAGAAAGGCACCGGCCAAAAAGGCCGGCAAGGAAGAUCUUGGGGAAGAGACUAAAAAGACAAAGGUGGUAUGGACAACUUCACUACACAACCGGUUCUUGCAAGCCAUAAGACACAUUGGCUUGGAAAAGGCUGUCCCAAAGAAUAUUCUCCAGUUCAUGAACGUGCCUGGCAUAACCAGAGAAAAUGUAGCAAGUCAUUUACAGAAGUAUCGUAUAUUCUUGAAAAGAGUUGCGGAUAAGGGUGCCGUCGCCUCAAGAGGCUUCUCAAUGUCUGCUGAUAGAUACAUGAGAUCAAGCUUCGCAUCUGGCCAGCUUCCAUUUUCGGUGAUGCAAAAUCUGCACCAACAACAAUAUCCAAAAUUCCCAGAACAGCAGCAAAUGCGAGCAUCAAUGUUCCAACAAGGAGGACUAGGAGGUAAUAUGCGGGCUCUUAAUGCUCCCAGCACUGUUGACCCUUUCCUUUUUUCCAACAGAGCAACCUCAAAUGGCAGCUCUGUGCCUCAUUACGGAUUUGGACAUUCAUUUAAAGCUCCCAACGUCGGCCCUGUCCGCUUUCCCGACAAGCAAGCUCCAAGUUCCAACUUUAAUUUGCCUCAACUAGGGCAUGGGCAUUGGCCUGCCUUGAUCAGCCAUCAAGCUAAUCUUCGGGAGCAGUCUUUUGGCAACGGAAAUCCUCUUUACCAGGCAAAUCGCUCAGUAUUGGAUAUAGAUCAAACUAAAUACAAUUUGGGGUCAAUGUCUUUGUCAAAUGGAGAUAUGGCACAUGGCCUCAUGAAUGCUGCGAACAGCCUUAUGAAUGGUGCAAAUUCAAUUCCCACAUACCCACAACAAAAUGAACAAAGGCAGGGACUUUUAACCAGCUCCCCAAUUAACUGCAACUUUGGGAUAUCUGAACUAUUAAUGGGGACUGCAAAUAGCUCUAAUCCACCCCCAAAUUCUAGCUUUACUAACGGUACUUCUUAUGCUGGCAUCAAAUUAAGCAAUGAAGGGCAGCUAGUUUUUACGGGUCCAAGUGGUGAUCAUGGCUAUGGCUUGUUGGCUGGGAAGAAUAACAAUAUUGCUGUUGCACCUAUGGGGAAUAUUGGGACUUCUGGUUAUAUGACUCAAGGAGGGGGGUCUUCUUCUGCGCCAGGGUUGGAGAAUCCAAAUCAAUUGCCACCAGUGUUAUUUGACGAAAGCACUGCCAAUCAACAUGAAAAUGCUUUGUUGAUGGCGCCUCAGGCGCAGCAACAAUAUGGUCUCUCGAAUCGAGGAGAAUUUACUAAUCAUUAUGGCUCUGAUAUUCUGCUCAAUAACAUUUCAACCCUCAGUGGAAUUUCGGAUCCGGGGCAACAAUUGGGGGAAGAUGAUCUCAGUGAUCUUUUCUUGCAGCAAAACAUCAACCAGCUUCCUUAUCAAUGUGAAUCCCAAGUGAAUUAUGACAUUUCCGGUUCAUCAUCUUGUGUUGAAAAUAUGAAUGAAGACAUUGAAGAGAAUCCACUUUUGAGUGAAGUACCAUCCCUUGGCCAGAAUCGGGCCAAUGAACAGCUACCGAACGCAGUCUUUGAAAGCAAUGUGUAUCAUGAUCCAGAGAAGAACGUCCAGCUUGAUCAACACUCCAACCAGCAAGAAAACGACAGAGAACUCGAGAAGGAUGAUGAUCUUAUAAAUUGCAUUAACGAUCAGGAAUGGCCGGAAGAGGAGUUCAUGGAUUUCUUGUUCGGUCUUGGGCCAUAGCUAGUAGCUGAUCAGGGAGUAAGCUGAGGCUGCGCGCAUGCAUGCAUGGCGAGGAUCUAAAAUAUCCGGUGGCUGAUCGAGAAACAGUACUACUAUGCAUCCUAGUUGACUGACUGGAUUUCAAAUAAUAGUAUAGGAAUUGCGCAGUUUAAUUUUUAACUCAGUUAUGGUUCUGUGGUAAUCGAACUUUGCAAGUGCCUUUUGUUUAUUUUCGUUGUGCAGCUUGUAAUGCAGUGACUCUUUUCUGUAUGCUCAUUACCAGUAUGAAACCAAGUAGGAAACUUAUAAAUAAUAUUUACC